CUCUCUCUCACAAAACAAACACCAGCGUAAAAUUGAAAGGAGGGUUUGCCAAUUGCUAUUUCUCUCUCCCUCUCUCUCUCUCUCUCUCUCUCUGGUGUGAAACAGAAAGCCUCUCUUCUAAACUUGAGCUACAUUAUCUAUUAAGCUCGCCUUAGAUUCUGAAACAUCUCAGUUUAAUACAAUUCGUUUUGAUUCCGCUCUCAGAUCCUUGCGACGUAGGAAUCUCUGUACUAGAUAUCUUAGAAUCAAAUCCAUCUGAAAACCCUAAUUUAGUUUUCUUUUCUUUUCUUUUUUGUUUGGGUUUUUGAACUCCAGCUCAUUCCGAUAUUUAUCUUGACGCAUAGUUCGGCGUCUUUACAGAAAGUAAUUUUGCCUGGAAACUCGUUGUUUGCGAACGCGGUUGAGGCUGUUUGAGGUUUGUGGAUUUUGGAUAUGGUGGGAGGUGGGAGCAGGAGGGAAGAGUCCCUGGUGAUAAACAGCACCAACGUUUUUGCGGCGCUCGGGAGCUUGAAGAAGAAGAAGAAAUCGUCGGCGGCUGCUUCGGAGAAGGAAAAGGGAUCGUCAAAGGGCAAAAGUUCGACGAAGAAGCCGGAGAAAGAGCCAGAGAAGGAAGUGUUUUGGGCGCCGGCUCCGCUUACGGUAAAGUCGUGGGCUGAUGUGGAUGACGAAGAUGAUGACGACUAUUAUGCCAUGACGGCUCCGCCGCAAUCGGCGGUCUGGGGUGAGACGGAUUCGAAGGAUGCUAAGGAGCCUGAGCCUGCUGCGGAGGUAAGUGAAAGUGAUGAAGAAGCGAUCGACGAAGUGGAUGAUGAUGCAGAAGAAGAACAUGAAAAUGAGCCUGAACCACCAUUGCAAACCGAGCCUGUUAAGAAGCCUUCUGAAGCUUCUCCACCUCCUAAAGAGUCAGAAAGACAGCUUUCAAAGAAAGAACUGAAGAAAAAGGAGCUUGAAGAACUUGAAGCUGUUCUUGCUGAGUUUGGAUGUAAUACUAUAAGUGAGACCAGUGGCCAGGAUGAUUCCCAUGGUGUUGCACAAGAGAAGAAAGUAGAGAACCACGGUGAGGAGAUGGACAAGAAGGAGAAUGCACCUGCAGAAAGCAAAUCAGCUAAAAAGAAGAAAAAGAAGGAUAAAUCAUCAAAGGAGCCCAAAGAAUCUCAGGACCAGCCCGAUGGCACAGACGAUGGAAAUGCAGCAAAUGAAGUUGCUGGUGCUGAGAAGGCAGAAGAUGCAUCGGCUGUUGAUGUUAAAGAGCGGCUAAAGAAAGCGGCUUCUAUGAAGAAGAAGAAAUCUAGCAAAGAGAUGGAUGCUGCUGCUCGAGCCGCUGCAAAUGAAGCUGCUGCCAGGAGUGCGAAACUAGCUGCUGCAAAGAAAAAGGAGAAGAAUCAUUAUAAUCAGCAGCCGGUGCGGUAAGCUGGCUGGACUUCUUUUGUUCAUCUUUUCUUCAUAUAUAUGAACGUGUACUCCUCUUGUUUAUUUGUUGAAUUCUAAAAUAAACAUUGGAAACCGGUUUUGAACUGGAAUGGCAACAAGAUACUUGUUUUACUCAAAAGGAACAAGAAAAAAGAAAUAUAUGGUCUUUCUUCUCA